CAUUGGGCAUUACUGACUCAUCGUGAUUGAAGUGCUCCGUGGAUUGUCCUUGUCUUUUGCAGCGAAAUCAAACAUGGCUCUUGGAAAUUUUCCGACCUUUCCUUCUCUCCCUGCUUCACGAAUCCCACCAUUGGUCCGGGAUUUAGCGAGAGCAUGAGAUUUUUUCUCAAAAACGACCGAAAUUUACUGAUAACGUUUCACACUUUCAAGAGCUAACACUGAGCUAGACUAGAGUCAACGUAUUGUAACUUCCGCCGAAUUUGAGGUUUUUGGCGAGUGGGUUUUUCACGGUUCUCUGUUCUGUGAAGAAUGGGUGUGGAUAACAUUGAAGAGAGCAGUGUCAGAUUGUUGGCUAGUAGCAGCGGCGGAAGCACCGGAUCUAGGUGGGUUGAUGGAAGUGAAGUGGAGUGGGAGUUAACUCCCGGGACGAAGCAAGACGAGAAUGAAGGAUUGAGUUCAAUUAGAAGAAGGAUUGUGAAAAGGCCCAAGAGAGUUGACUCGCUUGAUGUAGAAGCCAUGGAGAUAUUUGGGAGACACGACCACCACUCCAAGGAUCCUUCCUUUUGGACCACACUAGCACUAGCAUUUCAGACUCUCGGUGUGGUAUAUGGUGAUAUGGGAACGAGUCCUCUAUAUGUUUUUUCAGAUGUCUUCAGCAAGGUUCCAAUUGAUUCAGAAAUUGAUAUCCUGGGGGCAUUAUCUUUAGUGAUGUACACAAUAACAAUUAUACCCUUGGCAAAGUAUGUUUUUAUAGUCCUCAAGGCAAAUGAUAAUGGAGAAGGAGGAACGUUUGCCCUGUACUCGCUGAUUUGCAGGUAUGCAAAUGUGAGUCUUCUUCCAAAUCGUCAGCAAGCUGAUGAGUAUAUCUCUAGCUUUAAGCUUAAAUUACCCACUCCAGAGCUGGCAAGGGCUUUGACCAUAAAAGAAACUCUGGAAAGAAAGUCAUCUCUGAAAACCCUUCUGUUACUUUUGGUUCUGAUGGGGACUUCCAUGAUUAUUGGAGAUGGUAUUCUCACUCCAGCAAUAUCAGUGAUGUCUGCCAUAAGUGGUUUGCAAGGUCAAAUUGAAGGAUUCGAUACAAAGGGAGUGGUUAUUAUUUCAAUUGUAGUCCUUGUGGCUUUGUUCAGCAUACAACAGUUUGGUACUGGUAAAGUGGGUUUCAUGUUUGCUCCUGUGCUUGCCUUAUGGUUCUCUUCUCUGGCUUUGAUUGGAAUAUACAAUAUACUUAAGCAUGACAUCAGUGUUCUGAGAGCCUUCAAUCCUGCUUAUAUCUAUUAUUUCUUCAAGAAGAACACCAAAACUGCAUGGUCCUCGCUUGGGGGCUGUGUUUUGUGUAUUACAGGUGCUGAAGCAAUGUUUGCUGAUCUGGGUCACUUUUCUGUAAAAUCAAUACAGAUUGCCUUUUCUUUUGUGGUAUUUCCCUGUCUCCUCCUUGCUUAUAUGGGCCAAGCUGCUUAUCUGAUAAAGCACCCUUAUUCUCAUUCAAGAAUAUUCUAUGAAUCUGUUCCAGAGAGUUUGUUCUGGCCAGUGUUUGUGAUAGCCACACUUGCUGCUAUGAUUGCUAGCCAGGCUAUGAUAUCUGCUACAUUUUCAUGUGUAAAGCAAUCCAUGGCGUUGGGCUGCUUUCCAAGGCUCAAGAUUGUUCACACCUCAAGGAGGUUUAUGGGUCAAAUAUACAUCCCCAUAAUCAACUAUUUUUUGUUGAUCAUGUGCAUGUUAGUUGUUUCCAUCUUCCAGAGCACUACAAGUAUUGCAAAUGCAUAUGGCAUUGCUGAAGUAGGUGUCAUGAUGGUUAGCACCACCUUGGUGAGUCUUGUGAUGCUUCUGAUCUGGCAGACCAACUUGUUCCUAGUUUUUGGUUUCCUAUUCGUAUUCGGAUCAGUAGAGCUGGUUUAUUUGUCUUCUGUCUUAUCAAAAAUCACAGAGGGUGGCUGGCUUCCACUUGCUUUUGCUUGUUUUUUCCUCUCUAUAAUGUACACGUGGAACUAUGGAAGUGUUCUGAAAUACCAAAGUGAAGUCAGGGAGAAGAUUUCCAUGGACCUUAUGCAUGAUCUUGGCUCCAAUCUUGGAACUGUAAGAGUACCAGGAAUCGGAUUGUUAUACAAUGAACUUGUCCGCGGCAUUCCCUCCGUUUUUGCCCAGUUCCUCUUGAACCUCCCUGCUGUUCACUCCACUAUAGUUUUUGUUUGCAUUAAAUAUGUUCCAGUCCCAGUUGUUCCUCUGGAGGAAAGAUUCCUGUUUCGAAGAGUCGGUCCAAAAGAUUACCACAUGUUUCGCUGUGUUGCCAGGUAUGGCUACAAAGAUGUACGGAAGGAAGAUCAUCAUGCAUUCGAGCAGCUUCUCAUCGAAAGCCUGGAGAAAUUCUUGAGAAAGGAGGCUCAUGAUAGUUCCUGGGAGAUCAACAAGAAUGAUGACAUGGAUAGUGUAUCAGUGAUAUCAAAGGACUCUGACUUUCCCGCUGGCAAUGUAUCUGAGGACCUUAAGAUUCCACUGAUGCAGGAUCAAAAACCAGAAGAACCAGGAGCUUCUACUUCUCAGCAAGCUUCGACCUUGCUGCCAGCUAGCGUCAUGUCAUCAGACGAAGACCCUAGUCUUGAAUAUGAGCUUGCUGCUCUCAGGGAAGCAACAGAUUCAGGAUUCACCUACUUGCUUGGACAUGCGGAUGUGAGGGCAAGGAAGAACUCCAUUUUCGUCAAGAAGCUUGUGAUCAAUUAUUUCUACGCAUUUCUGAGGAAUAACUGCAGAGGAGGUACAGCAAACAUGAGAGUGCCUCACACCAACAUUGUUCAAGUGGGGAUGACUUACAUGGUCUGACUCACUCACGUUCUUGUGUCUGACGUCUGCAGUGAAACUCAUUCUGGAAAUAUUGGCAUUAUUAUUUGGCCCUAUUCUUUGCUCUUAGCCAAUGAUGGAUAUUUGGCUCCCUCUUGUAAAUUAUCUCUAGAAGGCUAAAAACCCCCAGAUUGUAUUGCCUAUUAUACUAGUAUUGAACGAAUUGGGUUGUUUCAUAUUUUUCUCUUAAUUCCAGAUUAUUGUGUACUUGUUUUAUGUA